AUGGAGCUCAUUUAUUCCGUGAGACGUAAACCUCUGAAAUGUGAACCGCCACAUUUUGACAUUACCACGGAUCCAGAAAUAAUUCGUCCAAUUUGCACAAUAUCUACAUGCAACAUUAUUGCGUUUACUUCAUUGACGGAGCUAACAGACACUGAUGGAGAUACAUGGGGAGGUCAUGUGUAUGUAUGUGAUCUUGACACACCAUGGGACAGCCAUAAAGUGACCAGCACUGUUCAUCCAGUAUCAGCGUUGGAAUGGGACGGGGAAGGCAAACAGUUGCUAGUAGCGACCACAGUGGGAAACGUAUCUGUGUAUGGACAGAAAGACUUUCUGCUCAAUGAGUGGACGUGUUUAUACACUGCUAACUUUCCUGGUGAACACAUAAUCAAAGCGUCAUUCUUUCACAAUGGGAGGAAGGUAGUGGCUCUAGAGAAGAAGCCGGACGCUCCGAUCAGUGAACGGAUACAGAUUUUGAGGUCCACUCCUACGCUUAAGGGAUUUGGGUGAGAUUUUUUCUGUAUGAAAUGGUAUAUAAGGUAUCUUACAUUAUGUAUGAAUGAAUAUUGCAAAACCAACCUGCUUGUCCAGCGUGGUGACUAUGACGGCGUGGCGGGUCGCGGCGCGGCCGUGGUGUCGCGCACUGGGCUGGUGGGCGCGCUGGCGGGGGGGGAGGGCGCGCUGGCGGGGGGGGAGGGCGCGCGCGCGCUCGUGGCUUCCGACUGCUUGCGCGCCGCGCGCGACCACGUCUGCGCAGCCUCCAUCGCGCACAAGAACGGCAGCCUGCUGGUCGCGGGGGCGUGGCGGCGGGGCGGGCGGCGCGGGGUGCGGUGUGCAGUGGGGGUGGUGGCGCGCUCGGGGGCGGCGCUCUCGCUGUCGCUGCAGCCACUCCCCACCAUCUACCUCCUGGACGACGACACCUCGCCUGCUCACUGUGAGACAUUUCUUUUUAUACACCCAAAUCUAUCGCUCUGUUGGUGGCUGCGAGAUGACACGGACGCUCUGCUGAUAGCAGGAAACAAUCUGACUCUUUGGAAGCUGACGGAGAGAUCAUACCCCGUCCACAAGCUUUUAUCAAAAGGGCCAGUGCAAGGUAGCACGACGCCCGGCGGAGGACCCAAAGCAAUGGACUGCUUCAAUACUGUCGCGUGGCAGCAGGCGGCGCAGUGGCCGCUGGACGGAGCGGAGCCCGCCACGCACGUUUGUGUCGCGCGCCUGCCGCCCGCCGCGCACGCCGUCGUCGCCUCGCCGCACGCGCUGCACCUGCUGCCGCGCGACACCCACCACUACCUGGUGUCCCGACCGAUAGUAACCGGCGGUAGUUCAGCUCCAGAAGUUGCGACCGGAGCGGCAACACCGCCCAAGAAAGCUAAAUAUGGCCCCGGAGUGUCUCCGGGUGGGGCGGCCGCCGUGUGGUGCGUGGAGCUGUCGGCGCUGGGCAGCGUCGCCGUCGCCCUGGACUCGCGCUCGCAACUGCACGUGUACAAGCUGUUGCAGCCCGCGCCCGACGUGCCAACCCCACUAUCAGUGCAGCACAUAACAUCUCUACUGGAGUAUUCCAUGGUGUCCGGGUACGACGCCCUCGACGUUCUGAUGACCCUCAAGCCAAACAUCAUCGAAGCUGUUUAUGAAAGAUUGACUGAGAAUUUCCAGAGGCAACCCCAGACCUUCCAGCAGUAUUACUACCACAGUUGGCUGAAGCUGAGAAUAUCGUUAUGCAGUCUAUCGAGCGCGUGUCAGAGCGGCGCCGCGGCGCUGACCGCGCUGCAGCUGUGCAGUGCGGCGUGGGCCGCGAGCGCUGCAGCGCUGCGCGACGACAAGCCCGACGCGCUGGCCGCGCUCGCGGCGCUGCAGGACGACCACGCGCCGCCCGAGCACGACAAGAAUCUCCUGGCCCUCGAAGCUAAAAUGGACCUGACCAGCGAAGGAACACUUCAAGCGCUGCAACCGCUACAAGCUCUCAGACGUCCGCUGCAGCGAGCGCUGCACACAGCGCUCACAGCGCUGGCUGCGAUGCAACCGUCUAACUUGCUUCAGAUGCAGCACCAGCACGGAUAUGAGUUAUGGUGUGCAGCGGGGGCAGCCGGGGCUCUCCGUAGACUAGUGGUGCUGGCGAGGGCCUGUGGCAGGGGGGGGGAUGCCCUAGGCCGCGCUCUGUCUAGACUCUCCAUGCCGCAUAAACCUGACUUGUUGGAGGAGUGUGCGGUGCUAUGCGCCCAGGCUCCGGCGCGCGUGUGGGACGCUCUGCCGCGGUGCUGUGUCGCCGCUCCGCAUGGGAGGGCUUGGCCGCUAUUCUUCGAAUAUGGAGUGGAGCCCGAAUAUUUGCGCUAUGUACCAGAACCACCGCCUUUCGCGCAAUCUGAUAUUACGCCAUCGUUAGACAUGGAUUCUAUAAGAUAUAUGUACUUGGGUGGUGGGAGACGGGCGGCAAAAUGGCGUCAGUGUGGACGCUGUGGAGCGAGAGCCCUCGCCGCCGCACAGCCCUCACGACAUCCCUUACAAAAAGCUUACGAUGGACGAUUUAUUAGUGCUUGCAGAUGUGGUGGAAAAUGGACGCUUGUCUCCAACGUAUGAAGCUAUUAAAAUACUCGUUGUUAAUAUUGUAAUAAAUGAAUGAUUUUUUUU